AUUAUUUCGAAUUGCAAUUUGGGAAGAAGAAGAGUGAAGUAGAUAAAUCUUGAUGAUUUCUGCAAAUAUUAGUUUUUAAAUAAAAUUAAUGGAUUUGUAGAAACUCUGACCGUAUUAAUCGAGUUUAGGACUACAAGUGCCGUAAGCCCCGUCAUGCCACUGUUUUAAAACAAGUGGAAAACCUUAGGGUCAAUUUUUUUUGGGGAGGAGACCACAACAAAUAACACCCACCGAAUUAACUACGAUUACUCAUCGCCGGAAUGUCUGGAAAUCCUUUCGACAGCGACGAAGAUCAAAGCUCGGCCAGUGGAGAGAUACUAGAGGGCUUCCUAUGUCCCAUUUGCCGUGCGGAUCUCAAGUCCAUCGAUGUGCUCACGGAUCAUUUUGCCCGCCAGCAUGCGGAAGAGGAGGAUGCCCUAAAAUCCUUUAAAGAUAUCUUUACCAAGGCGAAAAAGAAGAUCCUAAACCCCUUUGAGGAUGAAAAAGGUGCAUCUGUAUCGUCGCCCGCAGGUUCCUCCUCUUCAGCGGCUGGCAAGAAUCCCAAUGGCAACGGAGAUCGCAAUGGACCCAGUAAUGCCCGCUCCCGUCUAAAUGUAUUUAACUAUAUGGCCAGGCAGCAGCCUGGUGCUGAGUGCUCCCACUUCGAGUACUUUCAGUCCAUUCGCAAUCCUCGCCUGGAGCGAUAUGCCAGCGAAACAAACAAACUAAUCAUUCGUUUGCACCGCCUGCUUAAGGAUCUGCCAGCGGAUUCAGUGCAGCGGCGUCAGCAUGAACAGCAAACAGUUGCCUGGCUGGAUGGUAGUUCCGUCAAGUUGUGUCCCAGUUGUGCCAAGAGUUUCCACAUCGCCCGAAGACAACACCACUGCCGUUUGUGCGGAGGCAUAAUGUGCAAUGAUUGCUCCAAGUUCCUGCCCCUGGAAGAUGCCAUGCAACUAGCCAGUCUUUCCACCACAAGAAGCGAGCCCCUUCAGCAGCUGCAUCAGCAUGAGAACGCCAUCCGGCUGUGCGAACACUGCCUUUGGCUGCUGGACACCCGAAAGGAUAUGCACGAAAGUCGCACUUGUCGCCCACUCCUCGUCCAGGUCUACGAACAAAUUCGUCAACUACAAAAAGAAGUUACCCCGGAUCUGGACAUGUAUCUAAAGAUCAUCAAUAGCUUGAACGAAGGGGACACAAUCUUCACGUUGGCGGAUGCAGGUGCUUUGCGCGGCAAGAUUGGACAAGUGGCAGAGGCCAUGGACAUGAGGAGCAAGCGCAUUCUAGCCAUAUUUUGUGAACCAGGCAGCCGGGAGGAGGCAUUAAAGAAGGCCAUUCGGUUGGGCUGCAUCCAAGCCAUCAAGGAGCGAAUGUUAUCGCUGCCCCCACUGCCAGAGGAAUCGCACAUACGCCAGAUGCAGGAGCGUAGACGCAUGGAAACGGAGCAGCGUAUCCUCACCGAACAGCGCAUGGCCAUGGAAGCCUACGAACGAAAUAACAUGGCAGCUAACCAAUCCAACGUUGGAGUUCCUGGUCCGGAAAGCGGAUCCUUUGCCCAAGGGUCUGAUCUUCAAUCUCUGAACAACUGGUCAGCACCGCAGGCGGCUAGCAAGUCCAGCCUGGACGAUCCGCUGAUCGAGCAGAUAAACAUCAUUAAGGGCUACAUCAAACAGGCUCGCCAGGACAUGAACUUUGAGGUGGUGGAGACGCUGGAGCUAAAUCUUCGCGAGCUACAGCGCGAAGUGUACGAGCGACAGCGCCAGUCCCAGGGAAGCACCGCCGCCUCACCCACAGAGGCCUAAGCAGUAUCCUACAUAGUUAAAUGUAUAUUCAUUCCCUCUAUGACAAAUUACAUGGCUUACGUUACGUU